UACUCACAAGAAAUCCACCGGAACUGAAAGUACAGCUGAGGGAUGACCAGACCAGUCUGAAAUGUCAGGACUUCUGAAAAUAGUCCAAUGCAGACAUUGCUCCCAAAGUAUUUUAAAUUUUCAACCUCGAUGUCGAAGAAACGUCGCCCAAAGCAAUCCAUAUAAAUUAUAUUUCCACAAUUAUAAGCCAGGAAAUGCCAAAGAAAAAACUCCACAGCUAAGAUUGAGUUAUAAGGACAUUCUCAGUAAGAAUCUCUGGAAAAAUGCUGUGGUUGAAUCUCGGGUUUUGUCCACAAAAUCUGUCACCGUGACAAAAAAGGAUGAGAGGAAAGCUCCAGACAUCUCAAACAAAGAAAUCCGGCAAUAUCUGCUCAGUUUUGUUUGGCCUAAAGAUGACUGGUUCAUUAAACGACGCGUGAUACUGACUACAUCACUACUGCUUGGCUCUAAGGCCAUCAAUGUAUGUGUGCCAUUCAUAUUUAAGUAUGCCGUAGAUUACUUGGGCGAUUCCUCCAACUUCGUAGAUCUCAGUAACGCCCCCACGGCCUUCGUGACGGUCGCCACUGGCUCCAUGCUUCUCUAUGGGCUGGCACGGAUUUCAUCAACGUUCUUCAGUGAGAUGAGGAACUACGUGUUCAGUGAGGUGGCACAGAGCUCGAUGAGGAAGGUCGCCACCAGCAUACUUAGGAACAUGCUGUACAUGGACCACCGAUUCCACUCAUCCAAAGACACCUCCGACGUGUGUGAGGCCAUCAACAGGGGCACAGAAGGAAUGAACACCAUGCUGCGGAUGCUGGUGGUGAACAUCAUUCCCUCUGUGUUAGAAGUCCUGCUGGUCUCCAGUAUACUGGGCUAUAGAUUUGGACUGACAUAUGCGGCCAUUACAUGUGGGACAAUUAUCACCUAUGUAGUUUUUACUCUACAGUACACAGAGAAAAGAAAUAAGAUCCGGCGCAGUAUGAAUAUGGCCAAGAAUGCCACCAGGAGUAAAGCCACAGAGUGCCUUCUUAACUUUGAAGCUGUUAAGCUGUUUAACAAUGAAGAGUAUGAGACCAAGGUGUAUGACCAGCUGACAGGGAAGUACAUGGACAUGCGACAGAAGACGAUGAAGACGCUGGCCCUGCUCAACAGCGGACAGAACCUGAUCUUCUCCCUCGGUCUGAUGGGGGUCAUGGCGCUGACCGCUCAGGGAAUCACUCAGGGUGUUGCCACUGUGGGGGACCUAGUGAUGGUCAAUGGACUCCUGAUCCAACUCUCCACCCAGCUAAGCUUCGUGGGCUCCACCUACCGCGAGCUGUCCGAGUCCCACAUCGACAUGAAGGAGAUGUUCAAGCUCAUGAAGAUGGAGACCAGCAUUCAGACUCGUCCCAAUGCUCCAGCCCUUAUGGUCACUCCUCAGACCGCCUCCAUUGAUUUCGAGGGGGUGAAGUUUGCCCACACUGAGGAUAGACAGAUUUUGGAUGGACUGACGUUCUCCGUACAGCCAGGGAAAAAAGUGGCCAUUGUUGGAGGCAGUGGAUCAGGAAAAUCGACCAUUGUGAAGUUGCUGUUCCGGUUCUUUGACCCUGAUGAAGGGAGAGUCCUAAUCAAUGGUCAGAACAUCAAAGACCUUGACCUAUAUAGUGUGAGAAAGGUCAUUGGAGUCGUGCCACAGGACUGUAGCAUGCUGUUUAACGAGACCCUGCUGUACAACCUGCAUUACGGCGACCACACAAAGUCCGAGGAUCGAGUGAUGGAGGCAGCGACCAUGGCUCAGAUCCCCCCGAAACUCCUCUACAACAUGGAGAUGAAGGUCGGGGAGAGGGGCAGCAAACUCUCAGGUGGAGAACAGCAGAGGAUAGCUAUAGCGCGCAUGCUGGUGAAGGACCCGAUGAUCAUCGUGUACGACGAGGCAACCUCAUCACUGGACACAAUCACUGAACAGAUGAUUCUGUCCACACUGAAGAGAGUGACCGAGGGGAGAACCACCCUAGUGAUCGCUCACCGACUCUCCACCAUUGUGGAUGCCGACGACAUCCUGGUGCUACAGAACGGCCAGAUCGCCGAACACGGCAGCCAUUAUGAACUCUUAGCCAAUCCAAAUAGUUUAUACACCCAGCUAUGGCAGAAACAGAGCCACAUUGCUCAAGGACAUGUACCAGUGUUAGAUGAUGUUCACUGAUUGGAGACUAUUUAUAGAUAUGUAUUUUAAUAACGUGUGUUUUUAUUCCAGUUAAUACAGGGCAUUUUGUGAUUUUACAUGUAAUUGUUGUAAACCUGAAAACUUUUUAAAAUGAUAGAUUCAUUUUUUUUUUAAAACUGUUUCAAAAUAUGAUCCUGUUACAUUAAAGACUUAUUUGAAGAGAAGUUAAUAAUGUUUUAGAAUAUUUAAUUGUCAAUUGCCCUUGAUUUACAGUUGGGCAAAUAUUUUUAGAUAUCUUUAAAAUUCUGGGCAAUCCCACUUCAUAGUCAUUAAUUUGUUGAAAUUGUUUUUUUUUUAAAGAAUAAUUGUACAUAGUAAUAUUAACUUAUUUUAUAUAGUUAUGUUGUACAAUGAAAAGUACCUAUAUAUCAGCCAAGAAUUCAGUUAAAUGUUGAGUAUUGCAUACUCUUUUGCUCUGUUCUUUACCAACUUGAAUUGUGAGUUUGUUGUAGUGGGGUCUUAUAUAAUGUUUAGUACAUAGGAUAUUGUUCCUUUACAAAGUAAAUAAAAUCAAAAUAUUUUACUCUGUGAAAAAA